CGAGUCAUCGUCGAUGACAUCGUCCACGUUAUCGUCGGCGCUGAUGUCCCGUUCCUCUUCCAUGAUGGGCUCAAUAAGAUCCUACGGCUUGACGAGUUUAGCCUCCGUUAGGAUCAACAAGCAAGCGCUCAGGGUUAGGCUUUUGAUCCCUCAACAUGUCCCCCUUACCAUGCUAGAUUGCAUUAAGAAUAAAGACGUGGACGCCGGCGACCAGCAUUUCCAAUUACUUACCUCCGACCCUGUGACCUCCCCUGAAGCCCCCAUGGUCGUCUUUAUUAAUACCCGUAGCGGCGGUCAAGCCGGCCCCAACCUUAAAGACCGUCUCCGUGACUUAUUGAGCGAUGAACAGGUGUUUGAUCUCCUAGAGAUAGCCCCUAAUGAUUUUGUACGGUAUGGAUUGGGUUGCCUUGAGAAGCACGCUAACAAUGAAGACGUUUGUGCCAAACAGAUUCGGGAGAAAAUUAGAGUUGUGGUUGCUGGAGGUGAUGGCACAGUUGGUUGGGUACUCGGAUGUCUUGGAGAACUUCCUCGAACGGGAAGGGAGCCGGUUCCUCCUGUGGCUAUCAUUCCACUUGGUACAGGCAAUGAUUUGGCUCGAAGUUUCAGUUGGGUAAGUACGUUUCCUUUCUCCUGGAAAUCACUAAGUAAAAGAAUCCUACAUAGAGCUGCAAGCGGUCCGAUUUGCAGUCUAGAUAGUUGGCAAAUCACAUUGGAAAUGCCUGCCAGCAAAGCCGUUGAUCUUCCCCAUACUUUGAAGCCCUCAGAAGAGUGUGAGACUGAUGAUCAGAAUAUGGAACUUGACGAGGAGGCUCCAAAGACAGUGAAAUUGAGUGGAGUAUUCUACAGUUACUUUAGCAUAGGAAUGGAUGCACAAGUAGCUUAUGGAUUCCAUAGUUUACGUAACGAGAGACCUUACCUUGCACUAGGUCCGAUAUCAAAUAAGCUUCUCUACUCGACUUACGGUUGCUCUCAUGGUUGGUUUCUAACACCAUGCGCGUCCGAUCCAAGCUUGAGGGGACUCAAGAACAUUUUGAGGAUACAUGUUAAAAAGGUCAAUUCCACAGGAUGGGUGCCGGUACCGAUACCGAAAAGUGUAAGAGCUAUUGUUGCUUUAAAUCUUCAUAAUUAUGGAAGUGGAAGGAAUCCAUGGGGUACUCUAAGACAAGCGUAUCUGGAUAAGAAAGGAUUCGUUGAAGCCAAUGUCGAUGAUGGCCUUCUGGAAAUUUUCGGCUUAAAGCAAGGAUGGCAUGCGUCGUUCGUUAUGGCGGAUCUCAUAUCAGCAAAACACAUUGCACAGGCUGCAGAAAUAAGAAUGGAGCUGAGAGGUGGAGAAUGGAAAGAGUCGUUCAUGCAGAUGGAUGGGGAGCCGUGGAAACAAAACUUGAGCAAGAAGCAUUGGACAGUUCUGGAAAUUAAGAGGAUGCCUUUUCAGUCAAUAAUGAUCAGUGGAAAUUAUGUGGAUUUCGAUGAGUUAAUCUGA